GAAAUUACAUUGAACCAGCUGUGUUAGCUGCUACAAACCCCAUCUGUGGAGUCUAGAUCCACCUCUUACCAAAGCUUCUUACUACGGCGAUUGGCGGUAUAAUUGAGGUAAAAUUUGUGCAGAAGAAAGCGAACAGUGGAGAUCGGGCGUUUCAAGACUACCAUUGGGGCGUUUCGAUUGUCACAUGUGGAGGGCACAUAACAUUAAAUGCCUUAAGUAUAAUUUGAAUGCUGCGAUCGUUUGAUCUAUGCAUUCCUGCUUGGUGCAGCCUAGCAGUCUCUGAAGGACUUUACCAGAUACAGACACAAGUGUGUGUUUGGGUGGGAGAGUGAAGAAUGUCUGCAGCUGAGGAUCCAUUCUAUAUUGUCAAGGAGGAGAUUCAAGAUUCUGUGGACAAGUUGCAAGCUACAUUCAGAAGAUAUGAACAACUUUUGCCAAGAUCAGGUGAGCGGGGACGUCUUGCGAAUGAGUUGCUAGCAGGAUGUGAAAGCAUUGAAUGGCAGGUAGACGAGCUUGAUAGGGCCAUUGCCGUGGCAGAAAAAGAUCCUGUGCGGUUUAGCAUUGAUGAAGUUGAGCUCGAGAAGCGCAGGAGAUGGACAGCGUCAACUCGUAAUCAGAUGGAGAAACUCAGAAAAACUGUGAAAGCAGACAUGGAGAAAUCCCUGGGGCAGAAUUACUCAGCUAAUAUCAGAUCAAAUGGCACCAGGCGAGAACUUUUAAGGUUACCAAAUGAUCACACAGGUGCUAAACCAAAUCAAGCUAUGAAUCCAGAUAAUGAUGAUUUUAUUACAUCAGAAACGGACAGACAAGUACUAUUGAUUAAGGAACAAGAUCAAGAGUUAGAUGAGCUCAGUGCAAGCGUGGAGAGGCUUGGCGGUGUUGGUCUCACGAUACAUGAAGAACUCAUGGGACAGGAAAAGCUUUUGGAGGAACUUGAUCAAGAUAUGGAUAAAACAUCAAAUAGGCUCGACUUUGUUCAAAGGAAGGUAGGUCUUGUGAUGAAGAAAGCAGGAGCGAAGGGACAGAUAAUGAUGAUUGUAUUUUUGGUUAUAUUGUUUAUGGUGUUGGUUCUUCUUGUAUUCUACACCUAGCAUCUCUUAUGGCACUUAUGACAAUAAACUAAUAAUUGUAUUCUGCGAUGUGCAAUAACACAAUGUUUCUAGUGGUGUAGAAAGGGGAUCACUAUAGAAGUCUUAAGCUGUGCAGCUUCUCCUCACAUAUUGGAGCUGUUUAAAAUAUGUUUAUUACACCAUUUCUGAAGUGAAAUAAUGCAUAGAAAAUCUUCAAGCAUUAUCUUAUCCCUUGGAAGCCAUCUAUUUAAUUAUUGGUAUUACCAGAUUUAUAUGUAACUUGUUCUAGCUGCUUCAUGAUUGUGCUUUUUAAAGUUAAUAUCAGUGAUAUUAUUUUGACAAUC